GUUCAUUCUCGUGCUGACCGGGUCGAGGUAGGAAUGAAGGGCGACACAUGUGCGAACGUUAUCGAGCGCCAGUCUGACCGCACACUCACACCGCCAGCAGCUUCACACCCAUACACACCUUUUCCGACCCCUGUCCUUGGCUCGUCGGCAUCUACACCUUCCCCUCGACCGGGUGGAGAAGCGAUGGGCGAAUGAGAUUAGGCCGUCGUCACCUAGUUCGUGUGUGUUUCCCCUCCGACUCGUAUUCUGGAAAGGCCAGGCUCGCAUAGCAGAACAACUGUGGACGGCGCGGAGUAAGAUGGACAGCAGGGUCGACCGUCAGAGAAUCGAACGCGAGGCGGCGGCGGAGCUCAUCCGUCUCUCCUCGUCCGAUUCCAUCUACGGCACGAUAGCCAACUUCGAAAUCGACAAGAAAAUCGGGAAGGGCCAGUUUUCCACCGUCUACCGUGCCCGCUGCAAAGUCGACGGGGCCGUCGUGGCCUUGAAGAAGGUUCAGAUCUUCGAGAUGGUCGACGCCAAAUCCCGACUCGACUGCAUGAAGGAAAUUAAACUGUUGCAGCAAUUGAACCACCCAAAUGUCAUCAAAUAUCACGCCUCGUUCAUCGAGGACAACGAGCUGAACAUCGUGCUGGAACUUGCAGACGCUGGGGAUCUUUCUCGUCUCAUAGCGCACUUCAAGAUUCAAGAAAGGCUCAUCCCAGAGCGAACGAUCUGGAAAUACUUCGUCCAGCUCUGCAGCGGAAUUGAGCACAUGCACUCCAAGCGCGUCAUGCAUCGAGACAUCAAGCCUGCCAAUGUGUUCGUGACCGGCCAAGGAGUGGUGAAAUUGGGGGACCUUGGUCUCGGUCGAUUCUUCAGUUCCAAGACGACUGCUGCUGAAUCUCUGGUGGGCACUCCCUACUACAUGAGCCCCGAGCGAAUUCACGAAAAGCCCUACAACUUCAAAAGUGACAUUUGGUCUCUGGGUUGCCUCCUCUACGAGAUGGCUGCCCUCCACUCGCCUUUCUACGGUGCCGACAUGAAUUUCAUCUCGUUGAUCAAGAAGAUCGAGAAGUGCAAUUACCCGCCUCUCCCCGCCGACCACUACUCCGAAGAGCUGCGGAACUUGGUGGCAUCCUGCAUAAAGUGCGACUCAGAGGAGAGGGCCGACAUCACCUUCGUCCACGAAGUGGCCAGAGACAUGCACGCCAGGACCCACCCCCCAGGUUCGGCCGUUUCCACGGUAUCCACCAUUUCUGCGAGCUCCAUAUCCGAGAAGAGCAACGUGGAGAAUUUCCGCAACAUGAAACUGGCCAAGUGACUGCUUCGGUUCCAAGGCUCUCUCUCUCUCAGAGAGAGAGUGAGAGUGAGAGAGAGAGAAUGUGAAAGAGGAGCGUCAUGAAGUGCGAGCAUGAUUUUUAUGCUUUUCGAGCACGUCUGAAUGAGUGGGUACG